AUGCUCACUGGAGUCCUGCACUUGUUCUGGUCCAUGUCCACCCUUCUCCUGCAAGUGUUGUACUCAUAUGACUAUUCAGUCCUGGCGUUCGGUCAGGCCUACUCCAACCAUAGGAAGGUGGCUGCAGAUGGAGAGAGCAGGGAGGAGUCACUGAUGCUGGAGUCAGCCAGUAAGGAGGCCCACUAUCAGCAGAUGGUCUUGGAGCUGCAGAAUGAGCUGCGGUUGGCCAGGACCGCCCUCACCAGCACCCAAUCAGAGAACGAGCGCCUGGCCGCCGUCGCCCUGGAAAUGAGAGAGAGCUCUGAGCUGGUGGAGUUGCAGCGCACCCAACUGCAUGAUGACAUCAGAGAGUAUAAAGUGCGGGAGGCACGUCUGCUGCAGGACUACAGUGAGCUGGAGGAUGAGAACAUCUCUCUGCAGAAACAGGUGUCCCUGCUCCGACAGAGCCAGGUGGAGUUUGAGGGUCUGAAGCAUGAGAUCCGUUGCCUGGAGGAAGACUCCCAGUGCCUCCACAGCCAGCUGGAGGAGGCCAUGCGCCUGAGGGAGAUCGCCGAGCGCCAGCUGACCGAGGCUCUGGAGACCAUUAAGACUGAGCGCGAGCAGAAGGCCGCCCUGCGUAAAGAACUGUCCCACUACAUGACCAUUGGGGACAACCUGUUACCAUACCACCACAGUUCCCUCAACAUCUCCCUGGACGGACUCAAGUUCAGCGAGGAUCCCACUGCUGCCACCAACGAGCCCAACAACGAUGCCUCGUUCCGCGGCUACGAGAACGGCCUGGCCAAGAUGGCCGCCGACGGCAACGAGGAUAACAAAGCCAAACUCCGGCCCGCCCCCAGCCUAGUGGAUGACCUGCUGAGUGAACUCAACAUCUCAGAGAUCCAGAAACUCAAGCAGCAGCUCAUGCAGGUGGAGCGAGAGAAGGUGGCGCUCCUCUCCUCUCUGCAGGAGGCCCAGAAGCAGCUGGAGGUGGCCCACGGGACUCUGUCAGAGCAGCAGGAGACGGUGGGACGCCUCACCGAGAACCUCAGUGCCAUGAGGAAACUCCAGGCCAGCAAGGAGCGCCAAUCGGCCCUGGACAGCGAGAAAGAGCGAGACAGCCACGAUGACGGUGACGGGGACUACUACGAGUUGGACAUCAACGGGCCUGAGAUCCUGCAGUGUAAGUACACCGUCGCCGUGUCAGAAGCCGGGGAGCUCAGACAGGAGCUGAAGACUCUUAAAGCCGAGUACCAGUCAUGCCGGAGCCAGUACGAAGAAGAGCGAGUCCGCCUGGAGAGCGAUGUGGCAGGGCUGAGCGAAAAGCUGGCCUUCCUAGAGAAGAGCAGCCGGGCGGAGCACGAGGAGGUGGCGAGGCUGGAGAAGGAGCUGCGGCGAGUGAGUGAAGCGGUUGGCGAGUCGCAGGGAAGCCUGAACGUGGCGCAGGACGAACUGGUGACGUUCAGCGAGGAGCUGGCCAACCUCUAUAACCAUGUGUGCAUGUGCAACAACGAGACGCCCAACCGGGUCAUGCUCGACUACUACAAGGAGGGCAAGGCCAGUAUAGGGGGCAGGGGCGGCCGACAGGGGAAGGGGCAACAUCUGUCCCAUGUUCUGCUCUCCAAUGGUCUGGUUCCUGAAACUGAACCGAGUAAAUCUGAACCAAGUGACCCAGCCACCCCAGUCCCAGCCCCAAUCCCAGAGUCCCGUUCAGAGCCCAUGAACAUCUAUAACCUAGUUGCCAUCAUCAGGGACCAGAUCCGUCACCUGCAGCAGGCGGUGGACCGCACCACAGAGCUGAGCCGCCAGAGGAUGGCCUCCAUGGAGCUGGGUACUGUGACCGAUAAGGACAAGGAGGCCUGCAUGGGGGAAAUCCUCAAACUCAAGUCUCUGCUCAGCACCAAGAGAGAGCAGAUCGCCACCCUGAGGACCGUGCUCAAGGCCAAUAAACAGACGGCUGAGGUGGCGCUGGCCAACCUGAAGAGUAAAUAUGACAAUGAGAAGACCAUGGUGACCGAGACCAUAUUGAAGCUCCGCAACGAGCUCAAGGGCCUGAAAGAGGACGCUGCCACCUUCACCUCACUACGGGCCAUGUUCGCUACAAGGUGUGAUGAGUAUGUGACCCAGCUUGAUGACAUGCAGAGGCAGCUGGCUGCAGCGGAGGACGAGAAGAAGACCCUGAACUCCCUGCUCCGCAUGGCCAUUCAGCAGAAGCUGGCCCUGACCCAACGUCUGGAGGACCUGGAGUUCGACCAUGAGCAGGCGCGCCGCGGCGGGGGAGCAGCGGCGAGCGGGCGGGUCAGAACCUCCUCGUCGUCACGGGGAAAAGGGACCUCGGCCACUCAUCACUAAUUUAAUCAAGCCCAGUGUCCUUCAAACGUUGACAGUCACCUUGCCGAUGAUUACUUCAGUAUCCACCCGUGGCCUGAGACCCGUAUCAGAGACAUGCACUGCUGUAGUGCGAGGACUUUGUUUCUGAGUGCAAACACACACCAGAGUAUGUGAGUGGAGUUGAGCGGUCGGAAAUCCUACUCAUUGCUCACGGAGCAGUCUUCUGCCACUCCAAAAUUCGCUCCGUUCAUUUUCUGUUUAAAAGGAUAAUUUAACAAACAGCCCAUCUACUUUUGUGACUAUGUUCCAUUAUGUACUCAUAUGUCUUAGCAUUAGUGGUGGGGUAGUCUAAAUAAAUACAACAGAAUAGGCCAUAAUGAAGGAAAUGAAAAAUGCUGGCCAGAGCAUGCCCAGAGCUUGUGGCUGAGCUUGUGGCUGAGCGGCACCGGAGCCACAUUGAAGUGGGAUAGAAAGCCAAAUGAAGCACGCUCCGCGACUUGCUCAACUCCACUCACAUCCUCUGACACACACACACACACACACAUGCUCCAGACCCCUACAGACACACCUGAAACCCCCAGGGGCUUGGUCCCUCUGUGCGGCUGCAGGAAACAAGAAAGUAUCAUGGGUAUGAUGACCAUAGAGGUCUAUUUCUAUGGGUAUGACCGACAGUAUGACCCUCAUUGUGAUCCAGUCACUCAUCCCACAUUGUCCACCACUAUAAUAUUAGAACUCUUGUCUUUUCCCCGAUGAUAGCCGAUGAAACUCAACUCCACGAUUUACGAUGGUAAAUCGUGGAGUUUAGUUUAAUCGGCUACCCGAAUGACAGCGCACUUUUAAUGUAUUUUUAUUUAUCUUUUUUUUGCUUGUAACUCAGUGAACGUGUGAGAUGUUCAUAAGCUUUUUGUUGCAUUUAAUAAUUGUUGAUAAUUGGAGCAUUCAUAAUAGAAUUUCCAUGGAGAGCAAACCUGUGUUGAUUUAUAUUUAUUUGUAGGAAAGAUCAGAGGCAGGAAAGUCAUAGGAACUAAAGUGACUUGCUACAGUUUUCCCUGGGGUCAAUAUUCAGUGGGACUCCCAGGCUAACGUAAGUUCUCUGCAAGAACAUGGAUGGAAAUCUUGAUUGUCACAUGUAUUUUGAUUUUUUUAUUUAACCUUUAUUUAUCCAGGCGAGUCAAUUAAGAACAAAUUAUUAUUUACACCUGUGCUUCUAAAAAGUUAACCAGAGAGAGCAGGAUGUUCAAGAAGGCUUUUUGGCGCCUUAUUCUUCUACCUUCUGGUCUUAGUUUUGACUAGUAGUGCCUUUCUGUCCACAAAAGAGAAGCUAGAUUUAGUUUUCUUAUGUUUUCUAUGUCUUUGAGAAGGAAUUGGGGUGAGAGGUUUUGACCCCUGUCAUUAACAGAUUGAGGAAAAUAAUAGGAACUGUGGUGAAUUCUUUGAAGUGAUUCUGUGAUCCUACAAACAUGCAGAAUUGCAAUUUUAGGUGCUAUUAUUAUUAUUAUAACGAAAAACCUUAUUUUAAACGUUUUGAUCCUAUAACUGUUAACUUUGUCUGCCGAGUUAAUAGUGGUUCAAAGCAUUUACAACAGUGACUGAUUGAGAGAUUACUAAUGCAUAUACUUAUUUAUACUCUAGCUUUGUAUGGCAAAGGUCAGGCAAUGUCAAUAUAGUAUUGACAAGUAUGGAGGAUCAUUUUUUUGUCUGUUUUAAUGCAAUUUUAUGAACACUUUUUAUGUCCUCUAAAAGAGUUGUUGUGACUUCAGCAAACAGAAGAAGUUAAGUCAUCAACACUUCUGCAGUGCCAUUUCAUUCACAGGUUUGUUGAUGCAAUAAAAGUUACAUUUAGGGUUCUCUUUUUUUUUUUACAAGUGCAAUUUCAACACAGUAUCUGUAUGGAAAUACGGAAUAAAAACGCUGUCUGUUUGCUGAUGCUAUUGUUACGUUUUACUACUUCUUACUCACAAUCUUGAUCCUAUUUGAGUUUAUCUUUUAACUAAAUAACUUCACUUGUUUGUAUUUAUUUUAAACAAUGUCAUGUUGUAUGUUGGUAUUGUCAAUAAUGUGGAUUAUGAUUAGUGGCAUAUUCAUACCAUAUUGAUGUCAUUUUCCAAUGUCAUCUUCAAAGGACUUUGGGUGGAGAUGGUGGUCGCGUUGCACUGCUUGGUUCGUUGCAUGGAUCAAGGAAUGGUUGCGUGCCAUGUCAUCGACUGACAGAUUGCUAUAACAUAAUGAUGUGGUUAGCUGAUAGGUAAAAUGCCUAUCCAGGCGUUGUAAGAUCUGGCAACGUCUAAGCAGUGGAACGCUCAAUAGAAGCCAGUAGCCUACCAACCUGUGUGAUGAUAAUGAUGAUGUUGCACUGCCAAGGUGCAUGCAUCAUAGUUACUGUUAUUCUGCCUAAAGGUCUGCCUCGUGGCCAAAUAAACUUAACUUCAGACUUAAUGUG